AUGGGAAAGACGGUCCAAGUGUCCAAAGAAAAUCCUCUUGCUGAACGCACAGCCGAAGUACAUGCGUUGACUCGAGCCGAGGAAGAAGCAUGUUACAAUGAUCUCAAAGCCAAAGCACUCGAAUACUGCAAGAUUCCCAUUAAAGAGUUCGUGGAAUGUAGCAAGGAACAUAACAUUACAGUAAUGUGGACUUGCCGUGAUAAAUUAAAGACAAUGAACAACUGCUUGAAUACACGGACUACACGUGAAGAGCUUGACAAGCUCAAGUUGGUUAAGCUUGAAGCAAAACGCGCAGCAGUGAGAAAGGAACAGCAACAACAACAAUAA